AUCUGUUUCACCUUUCACCGAAUUUGACAAGAAUUGGGCCGUUUAGCAGAAUGGGAUGUAUGCAAAUGUGACUUAUGACAACGAAGAUAAUUACUUAAUUUUAGCAUCAUGAAAUACGUCAUCUUUUUCCUGGCUGGACUCCUCAUCCACCUUAUCUUUUUCUACUCCAUCUUUGACAUCUACUUCACGUCCCCGCUUGUCCAUGGCAUGACACCACAGUAUAACCCACUCCCAGCGCCUGCUAAGAGAUUGGUGCUAUUUGUUGCUGAUGGGCUGAGAGCUGACAAAGCAUUUGAGUCUGAUGAAGACCAGCGUCCAAGAGCUCCAUUCCUCAGGAAUAUUAUAAAGUAUGAAGGUGCUUGGGGUGUCUCACACACCCACGUCCCCACCGAAUCCAGGCCAGGUCAUGUGGCUCUUAUAGCUGGCUUCUAUGAAGAUGUCAGUGCUGUUGCUAGAGGUUGGAAAGAGAAUCCAGUGCCGUUUGAUUCUGUCUUCAAUGAGAGCAGAUACACCUGGUCCUGGGGUAGCCCGGAUAUUCUGCCAAUGUUUGCUAAAGGUGCUACCGGGGACCAUGUCUAUAUGGACAUGUACGAUGCAGACGUUGAAGACUUUGCUGGGGCUGACUUGAGUAAGCUGGACACUUGGGUCUUUGAUAAAGUCAAGGAUUUCUUCCAAGAUGCUAGGUUCAACAAAUCGCUAUCGAAGAAGCUCAAUGAUGAUAAGGUGGUCUUCUUCCUCCAUCUGCUUGGAAUAGACACCAAUGGUCAUGCAAACAGACCAAACUCAGAGGAGUAUUUACAUAACAUCAAGGUUGUGGAUGAUGGUAUCUCAGAAAUCGUCGCUCACAUUGAAGACUAUUUCAAGCAUGACAAACAGACCGCUUAUGUGUUCACUGCGGACCAUGGCAUGACGAAUUGGGGUAGCCAUGGUGCAGGGCACCCCCAUGAGACGCUGACCCCCUUCAUUGCCUGGGGAGCGGGGGUGCGCAAACCAUCACAGCCGAACAAUCACUACUUUAAAGAUGAAUUUUCUCUAGCUUGGAAACUGGGGCCAAUCGGUAGAACUGAUAUGAAUCAGGCUGACAUAGCUCCUCUGAUGUCAUGUUUAGCUGGUCUCCCCUUUCCACUCAACUCCGUGGGAAUCUUGCCUACUGAUGUCCUUGGAACUACAGAUCAGCACAAAGCAGAGAGCAUCUGGGCAAAUACCAGACAAAUCCUGGCAAAUUUCAAUGUGAAGAUGGACCAGAGGAAGUCUACCACUCUUUCAUUCAUGUUCAAACCUUUCCCAGACCUCCAAGAAUCUCAUCAGAUUGACAUCAUACGGAGAAUCCGCUUUUUUCUCAGAAAUAAAAGAUAUGAGGAAGUGCUUUAUUCCUGUCAAGACGCUAUUGAGCUUGCUUUGAAAGGUCUUCAUUACUACCAGACGUAUGAUCGAUUCUUCCUAGGGACAAGUGUGACACUAGGUUUUGUCGGCUGGAUGGCUUAUGUGAUCGCUGUACUUAUCCAUGACCACACCAACAUAGCGAAGGAGCGCCUCAAGUUCAUCCAGUACGACAGCAAACUCUACAUCCUUGCGAUCGAUGUCUUUUCAGCCAUCAUCGCUGCCGUCGUCAUCUUAUUAUUAUUCAUUCAGUCUCUUCCAUUUACACAUUACAUAUACUGCCUCCUGCCAGUGUUGCUGUGGAACUUAGUACUUAAAAGGUUCAAUGACAUCGGUGACCUGUUCGGAUACAUAGAUGAGCACAGGAAGUUUCGUAGUUCAUUCUUCCUACUUGUAUUGUGGAUCAUAGGACUGGAAAUUGUUGUAUUGACAUUUUUCUACCGUGAGGUGUUGUCGGUUGGACUGGUGCUGAUGUCAAUCUGGCCAUUUUGUACUGAUAUCAAGGGAAAAGACAUGGUGACCGCCCUGGGUUGGUCCAUUUCUUGUCUGACGUUGGCUAUCUUCCCCAUCCUGCCUGUUGUUGGAAGGGAAGCCAAUUACAAUCUUGUAUCAAUGGCAAGUUUUCUGUCUUUCGGUGUGGCUAUUAUAUGUGCCAGAAGAGCGGAGAGUGGUAUAAUGUUAUCAGUGAGGAAGCGGCACAAAGACUUCUUCGUGUUCUGUCUCACAGUUUGCCAGAUUGGUAUGAUAUUACUUGCCAACUACCUUGUGCAGGACACUGCCAACAGUAUUGCUGCAAAAAAUGGUCUGCCAAGACUGAAUCAGAUCUUAAGCUGGCUUAUUCUAGUUUCAUCAUUUGUGAUACCAAUGUUGAGUCGAACACUCAUCUCCACAAGAUUGUUUAGUAUAGCACUAGCAUUGCUACCUGUCUACUUCCUAAUGAGCAUAGCUCAUGAGGGCAUGUUCUGUCUAUGUUUGUGUUGUUUGUUAUAUUUUUGGGUCCAGAUAGAAAAUAAACAAGAUAAAGACUCUUCUAAAGAGAUGUGGAAUCUUGACUUUAUCGAGGCACAUUCUGGCAGCACUCAACGAGCCCUCAACUUAGCAGAUUUCAGGAGAGCUUACUUUUUUAUAUUACUGAUUCUCUUAGCAUUCUAUGGGACGGGGAACAUUGCAAGUAUAAACAGCUUUGAACCUGCCUCUGUGUAUUGUUUCCUCACUGUAUUUAAUCCAUUUGUGAUGGGAGCAAUCAUGUUUACCAAGAUAUUAAUUCCGUUCAUCCUGGUGACGUGUACAUUCCAAGCUAUUCAUAUCAUCCUCCAAGUUCCCAUCAAAAGCCUCUAUCUGGUUGUACUAAUCAUGUCGGACUUUAUGGCACUGCACUUCUUCUUCCUUGUGCGAGACUACGGAAGCUGGCUCGAGAUCGGCACGUCAAUCAGCCAUUACACGGUGAUGAUGGGUAUGAUUGUGUUCCUGAUGGUCCUGAUGCUGCUAGCCCGCCCCCUAACCACCGUCUCACUUAGACGGGUGACCAAUGGCAACAGGAAAUUCCACUGCAGUUAGAAACAGAAUUCUGCUGUUGUAAGGCCAUGUAUAAAAAAAGUUGGUUGUUAUUCCCCACCUGACCCAACAAUACUGCUCAGACCAAGGACCAUGGUGUCAGUGUGGCACCUCUGUGGAUUAUUAAAUGAAGGGGGUGAUCCUUCAGAGAAAAAAAAUCCCCAUUGACCCAAGCUUUUGGAGGAAAAAAUAUGAUUACCAACUUAUUUAUAUAUGGCCUCCGAGAUCAUCUCCACAAUCACAUAUUGUAAGUGCCAGAAGACGUUGGAAUGGUGUACUGGUUUAUACAUUUAGGUGGCCUGUUUCAUAAUAUUCAAGGCUUUGUUAGACAAUCAUCUUAAGGAUUGUUCUUCAUCUGGGAAGAAAACAUUCGAGUAGUUAGAUACAUUCUACAUUUGAAUGUCAGUGGUGCUGAACAUGUUUAGUAAGAACAUUUUGAAAGUGUCAUUGUUAAAUGGGGGAAAAUCGUUUAGAGGAUUGUUUGUAUAUCAUUACUUAACUAUGGAUGACUUGUCCUGUAUUUAUUUUUACUGUACGUAAAAGUAGCCACCACAAAGAAUUAUAAAUUCAGGUUUGCUUAUAUAUUUUUGGUUAAAGUGAAUAACUGAUCGAGCUCAACAACCUUGUUGGACAUAAGCCUGUAAAUGCAUCCAAGUUAAAGCUCAGAUGCUCAAAUAAAAUACUUUCAGUUCAGCAAGUGAUAUCAUUUCCAAAUAUGAAUUUGAUUUGUGAAUUAAUUCGUCUCAUUUUCCUACACACCAUUAUGAUAUUUCUUGUGGUGUUUAUAUUUUCUAAGAGUAUCUAGAUAAGUCGAUGUGGGGGCUCUUUGUUAAUUGGAUUUUGAUAUUCUAAAAUAUAAUGUAUCCUUUUUUAUGACAUAAUUAUGGUCGAGUUGGCAGUUUCAUAUUGAUCAUUAAAGAAACUAUAUUGAGCUAUAUUUCAACUUCCUGGUACCAGGUUUUCGCUGUACCUGACAGUUGCAGCUUGGAGCCCCACCUUCCUCUGAUCUGGAUACAGACAGUUGCAUUAUUUUUGUGCCAUCCAUUUGCCUGUGAUACUCUGUUUUAGAGGAAACUACCUGAUAUCACAGAUGUGUCCUUCUGAUAUCAUCAUUAAUACAUUUAUUUAUGACAUCAUAUAAUCUGUAUUCAUGUAAUAAUUUGAUGAUUUGUAUAUUGCUGAAUUUAAGUUAUACAUGAAGCUAGAGAAUUGGAAUUGGUUGAAUUUGGUAAUGUUUUAGAUGAACAGAUAAAAGUAUGGUAGAGAAAUGAGUCCUACUAGGCCCAAAAUUCCUUGUCAAGUUCGAACAGCUUAGGGUUGAAGCUGAAGUUGAGAAAUACUGUAUGAUCUGUUGUCUUCUGAUAAAGACUUUCAGAACGGUUUGCCACAAGGCAUGGACUCAAGCUGUGAAUUAGAAAUGCUGCGAAGUGAACUCGUACACUGGCUACUUCAAAACCAAAUUAUUAUCAACCAUCUUGCUCUGUGCCGAAAUGACUCCAUGCAGUCUGCUGAUGUAAAAACGUUCCUGCCCGUUUAGUCUUAGUAGAGGCUUGUGUAGCUAUGUACUCCUCACCAUGUUUAGGCUUUCAUAUACCCUAUUUUGAAUUCUAAUAAUUUGCUUAUCUGGAUUGAUGUUAUUCAAGAUGUCUUCAAGAGCACAGUGGGAGAAAAGGUGUGAAUGAUUAAAAAUUCUUGUGUUGUCAAUGAUUGUUUGGUGAUACGUUACUGCACCUAUAUUUAAUCAAAGGGUACAAGGAACGCCUCCUACGGCAAGCCUCCUUAUAGGGGAUACUGUGACUGAUGAUACAUAUCUGUUCCAUUUCAUUGAUCCCAUCAGAUUGUUCUCAUCUGUGGUUGCAUCUCCUGUUAUUGUGUGGGAAUAUGGGUGGUGGCUGUGCUUGAGCUGUUUUGACAGCUGAAACAAGACGCCAUUUCUAUCGAAUUCCCUUUGUUUGAUCAUACAGAUCAUCUUCCAUGAAGGCGAAAAGGCAUGAGAAUCUAUCAAUUCUUCAACAAUGUCAAAAUAGAUUUGGCGACGGUGGCGCUAUCUCGUGGCAGACUGAAGAACUGAAAUCUUCGCCCAAAACUUUCAGUUCCACUUUCUACCGCUAGACAGCAGCACUGUCAGAAAUUGAGCAUGUCGGGCCUUUUGUAGAAAUAGACUAGCAAAUGUAACAGGACUCAUUAAGUUGGUGUUUUUAUAAUGGGGCCUUUAGCUACACUUGCAUGUACAGGAGUUAUGGGACACCAGAUUAAUCAGGUCCUUAUGCAAACCAAUUGGGCCCAACUUCAAAUUAGUUAAAUUUUAAGACACAUAUAUUAUAUGAACAAUGCGUGAACAACUCCGAGUGUUCUCAAGGCAGCUUCUUUUGAAGUGCUUUUUAAUAGAUUUUCCAUAGCGCUGACAGUCAACGCCUUUUCUACCUAUUCAUUUAUUUCGGCCCAACUACAGAAGUAGCUCUGUACAUUAUGUACACUCUGUCCCUCUGUACAUUAUGUACACAUUCCUAUCAUUUAGCACAGUGUCCCGGCUAUUCUGCAGUUGCUCCUUUAUUUCCUCUGUAGUUUUAUGCCGUACAAUAAAGUACAAAAACAAAAUGACCCUUGAAAAAUC